AGCGGAAACUGACCUCAGAUCCGUUCUCGUUGUAUGUGUUGGUGUUCUCAGGGAGGCAGCAUGGCGUCCUGGACACAGAUAACCCGGGUACCGAUCAGGAUCACACGCGCUUUCUGUAACUCUAACAAACACUUAUUUCAAGUCAGAGUUCUGCCCUGAAUAACUUAAGGCUCUGUGAUGUUGCCUGGAAGGUCUGUGUUAAAACCCCAUCACCUCCAAGCUGCUCCUAUUGGGCCCCUGACUAGCGCCUUGUCAUGUCACCCAGCAUUAAGAAACCAGACGUCUGCUUCUGAUGAGAACCGGGUUGUGGAGAUUGGUGUGACACGUGACGGUGACACCAUAGUGUGCUUCCACCCUGCUCCAGACUUUCCCUAUGAUCUGACACAGCCCAUCCCCAGACCAGAGACUACACUCGAUUCUACAGAAACACAUGAUCUAGUAUUGAAGUCUCAGCUUAAUAAGGACAUUGUAGACAACAGAAAGAGCCCAGGUGUGGAGGAGCUUGCCAAGAUGUUCUACACCACAAAGCACCGCUGGUACCCGGUCGGACAGUAUCACACACGGCGCAGGAACAGAAAUCCCCCGAAAGACAGAUAGCAAUGUUUGUAUAAAUGUGACUGAUAAUAAAUCUUAAUUUGCAUUUUCUGUGAACAAAUAAACAUAUUAACAAAUUGCGUAACAAAAGAAUGGUGUAACAUGGCAUUUAUUUCUG